AUGAUGUCUCAAGUCGGCUUCAUCCCUCCAGCAGAGGUGGACACAGAGGUGCGCUCCGGCCAGUUUGUGGGGCCAAUCCAAUACAGAAUAUGGAAGCACAUGAAGAGCUGUCUUUACCCAAAUAUUACACCAAUGACCUUUGACCCUGAGACAGCCCACCCAAAUCUGUCUCUGUCCCAGUCCUGCACCUCAGUGUGGUUUGAGGAUAAGGACACAAAUGAUUGCCAGGCCAACCCAAGACGAUUCCACUACUAUUACUGUGUGCUAGGCAGUCAGGGUUUCACCACAGGGCGACACUACUGGGAGGUCGAGGUGGGACGUAAGACAGCGUGGAGGCUGGGAGUGGCAAGAGAAGAUGUCCCAAGAGGGGAGAUGGCAAACACAGGCACUUCCAGUGGCAUUUGGACCCUGGCCCUGAAGGGUGGAGUUAUUAUGGCCUGCACUGACCCAAAACCCACCAAGAUCACCGUGUCUGCCCAUCUUGUUCGUAUUGGAGUGUUUUUAGACUGUGAAGAGGAGGAGAUUUCUUUCUACAAUGCUGUUACUAUGGCGCCAAUCUACACAUUCACCAUGGGAACGGUCCUGGCUCCACUGUUCCCCUUCUAUAACCCAUGCGACACAGAUGAUGGGAAGAACGCAGCAGCACUUAAAAUCUUUAGCCCUUCGUUAUGAUGAGGGACUGUUUUAACCAGCUUAAACACACAAGGUCAAUAGAGCAGGUUCAAAUUGCUCGUACUAUAUUAGUGGACUUAGUGUUGUAUUAGGUAUUUUUGCUGAGAGUGUUGUAAA